AUGGGGUUUCUUUCGUACGCCGAACCGCACAACCGCCAGUCGCUUCCGCACACGCCGCCCGAUCUUGUGAGCUUUGGUUGUUCCCCCUCGCCAAACGACACAUCAUCUCGUGGGCCGCUGCCCAAGGACCUCGCCUGGCCAUACCCUAAGCCGCCCAUCUCUCCGCCUAUGUCCAGCCAUGAUCAGCCGCUGCCUCCGCCAUCCGCGCGACGGUCACGCUCACCACCCCGGACGGCGUCUCCCAGUAGCAUAGGCGGCGCUAUGUCCAUGUCCGCCACCGCAGCAGCGAGCUUGGCACGAGCAUCUAUUUCCGCCAUUACGGACGCAGGAGCUGGGGCAAGAGCAGCCCCGACAACAAUAUCGACGACACCUUCGACAACAGGGCCGGCAGAGGGCAAUGCUGCACACAACCUCAACAACAACACUGCAGCCGAGACAAACACGGCCACGACGACAUCAUCAACGGCCGCGACGACUGCUACGACGACAACCACAACAACAACCACAACAACGACCGGCCUGACCAGUAGCCCACGGCAUGAGCUACCACAACUACCAGGAGCCGCACCGCCUCAAGUCACGAGCGGACCGCUCCCAGAGAGACUACCUUCGCUGACCAGCAUCUUCGGCCCUCCGCAAACAUCUGCUCAAAGUGGUGGUGGCCCGCCAUCCGCCGGAUCGACAGGCUCGUACAGUCAGCGUUCGUACAUUCCGUAUGACCAGCAUGGUAGGCCACCAUCUCCUGGAUUCCCCGCGCCGCAAGCUACCUACUUGCCUCCACCACAGUCGGCAACAUCGCAGCAAGGAUCACACGAGCCGUACCCUUCAGGCAACUACCAACAUCAGCACUACCAACGCCGUGAUCAGCGCUCCCCUCGCGCUGAUGAGCGGCAAACCGUUAACCAACUGUACCAGCCGCCUUCGCCGCGCUCUCACGAGCAUGAACAGCAACCGCAGCAGCAGCAGCAUUCUCACCAGUGGCCCGACGCGCGCUCCAACUACGUCGCCGUAGGCAAGUGGUCUUUGCAGGACGGGCAACAGCCGUCCUCGCCAAGUUUCUAUUACCGCCAGCAGCAACAGGCACCGGCAGCACCCCCUGCACAGUCAUACUCCAGCCACAAGACGGCGCCUCUGCCUCCGCUACCACCCACUCAGCAACAGCAGCGUAGCCCGGUGAGAGGACCAGCUCAUGAUGCCGAUAGACGGCCUUCGCCUGGAUCGGGCAGCAGCCUCCCGUCAACGCCUGCCAGUGGCGCAUUCCCCGAUGCUGGCGCUGGCGCUGGCGCUGGUGCUGGUGCGGGCGGUGUACCAAAGGAAGGCCUGGGCAUGGGCCCCAAGAUCUGGACCGGCGUGGAUUUCUUACCGCAAUUCAUGCACGCAUCGGAAGUGCCGGGUGAAGGCUUGUGCUACUUUUACGACGACGGUACGCAUUGCAAGGCUGUCAUUGAUGGCGAGGCUGUCAAUCCCUACUGGGGCGUGACGAAGGCGGGCAAACCGCGCAAGCGUCUAGCUAUUGCAUGUAUAACGUGUCGCGAGAAGAAGAUCAAGUGUGACCCGGAGUACCCGCGUUGUGUCCAGUGCGAGAAGUUUGGCCGCGUCUGCCGCUUCAAGAAUGCUCCCCGCGGUGGAAACAACAACUCGCCCGGUACGGCGUCGACCGAGCCGGACAGUCACCGCAAGUUCGGCUCUGUGACCGCCAUUCGCCCGCCGCCUGAGUCGCCAUCAUCUUCUGCUCUCAAUGCAAACAACAAGCGCAUGCGCUCCGACUACGACCACUACAAGGCAUCCGGCCGCGGCCGCUCACCGCCGUUUAGCAACCGCUCGCCGACACUGUCCAGCUCAUCAUCGUCCGCCGAUCCCCUGCGCCACAGCUCGACUAGUAGUGUUCUGCCGCCGCCUCACGUAUGGGGCAGUGGUCCGCAGCCACAAUCGUCGCCUAUACCGCCGCCGCCACCGCCAUCGUACCCGCGGUCGACGCCGCAGCAACCAUACUCGCCCCAUUCGCAAUACGCGCAACAAGAUCAGCUUUCUCCCCGCUCGCAGUACUCUCCGCACUCGCAGCUACAUCCGUCAGCGCACGACCAUCACCGCAGCCACCCAUAUCCGGACCACCACUACUCGCACCACACGCACGACUCUUACUCCCAGCCGCGGUCACAGUCUGGUUCACCGUCACAGUCUGACCUGCCACGGAUGCUUCUUCCACCGCCCCGUUCCGCGCCCGAUCUACCGCGUAUCCACGACGAUGUUCUGCGGCGGUCGUGGCAGUCUGACCGCGGCCGUGUCUAA